CUCUACAGCCGUAUGUCUAACGGUACUGUUCUUGCAUCUCAUCAAUCUUUCCUCAAGUCUGAAACCUCAAAGGCAUCAAGUCUAAAAAUUCUAUGUUCUUCCCCUUUAUAAUGGCUUAAAAUCUUGUAUCAUUGCUCCUGUAUCCCUGAUUUGUCGCUUUGUCGCGCAGCGACACUUCGGCACUAGCAUAUUGACGCCUAAUUAUCUCAGAUGUCCAGAUGUAACCUCCCUGAUCCUUCGUUACAGGGGAUGCGGUCAGCUCACCUGCAUUGAGCUUGACCUCACAGGUUAUUUAUUUCACGACGGAAGUAUAUAUUGCAUGAUUUAAUCCUGAUAAUACAUGUGUGACUCCCGUUCUCCAUCUUUCCUUACUACAUCAUAUUAUAGGCGGAAUACUUCACAGUGCUUCCAAUUGACAUUUUGACUCGAAUCGAUCGAAGUCUCCUUCUUACCUUGGUAUCAUGGCGACUAAAGAGGCAGAACCCUUCCAACCCGUCGCCCUGGAUUCCCGGUUCGAAAUCCGUCGACUCGAGUCAUCACAGCAUAGAGACUGGGCAAAAGCAAUCUUGCUUCACACCAACAUCUUCCACUCCCCAGUCUGGUCAAUCAUCUACCCCGACAAACAGUUUGACAAAAUAUCUCAAGGUUGGGAGGCCAUGAAGUAUCUCGUAGAUCUUCAAAUCGACUCCGGCUGGUCGUUCGGCGUGUUCGACAGGGAAUACAAGUUCAAACGCCCCGAGUCGGCCGCCACGGGAGGCAAACUCUACUGGGAUCUCACGAACGCGGGUGCCUCCGCGGCGGACCUCCUGGAGCAGAUGGACUUCCCGCUGGUCUCCAUUGCCCUAAGCUACGACGGAAUCAAUCCGCCCGAGCCAGCGAAAUUGGGGCCCCUGAUCGGGCUCAUCCCGGCCUUCGGAACGCUGUACAUGGAGCUAGCCGCGCGCGAUUCGCGGGACCCAACCUCGUGGAAGGCGAGGAAGGCGGGGGAGGUGCUCAUGCGGAAUGGGACUAGUACGCGGGCGGAUUAUGAGGGAAAUGGAGUGAUGAAGAAGGCGGCUUGGUGGCUGAUGAGGGAGGCGGCGAGGAAGGGGUUUACGGCGAUCCAGAUUGAAUGUGUCCAUGAUGCGGUUACUCAUGUGUGGUCGCAUCCUCCGGAGCCUUUCAAGGCGGACGUCGUGGCGAGUUUCGAUUCGAAAACUCUGGAAUAUGAAGAUGCCGAUGGGAAUAAGACGAAACCAUUUUACCCGGCAAAACAGGUUGUUUCAGCAAUCUAUGUUAGAUUAUAAACGGAGAUCAAUCAUUGGAAAGUCUAUAUUGGAGUAUGGCGCCGGAGCACACUGAUAUGACUGGACUAUGUAGUUUUCCUAGUAUCAUUAGCGCUAAAUGGCAAGGGGAUGGGCCGUUUUCAUC